CUCUGGUCUUACUCUCUUCACAUACAUACGAUAGCACGAAUAAUAAAUAAGCGUUCCUUCAAACUCUCAAUCUUUUGUACUUUCUAUCCCUCUUCUCCUCACUCUCUUAUUCUCCUCUCUUUUCAUUAAGAACAAUUGUGCCAUUCAAAAUUAAACAACCAUGCACGACUACCACUCUACCUAUCCAGCUUACCCAACUUCACUCCAUCAAACCAUGUAUCUUCAGCAGUUCCUUCAAAGCCAAGAAGCUGCCAAAUGCUUUGACGACGAUCUUGAUUUUUGUCCGAGUCUGACGGCGAAAGAGGUUGCUGAAAUGAAACUUGAAUCUGCUUUGGCUAAUUCAAAGAGCGGCAUUGGGUGGCGGCAACAGAACCAUGCCCGUGGUCCUUCCUUAUCUUUACCCACAUCUCCGCUAUUACUGUCGUCCCCAUCUCAUUCAUCUCGUACAGCUAUUACAAACGGACCUCCUCCAUCUCCUCUUCCUUCUUCAGCACCUCAGCAUAUCCCAACGGUUUCUAAGGCAGUCGCCAUUGUGGACCCUACAAGUAAAACUGCUGUUCAGCUUCCAUCCAGUGUAAAUGCCAACAUUGGAGCAAGUACAAAGCCCCGGCAAGGUUCAGUCAGCUCCGUCAGUUCUAUGGACUCAACCCACUCCAGUGGCAUUGCAGGGUCUUAUACUGGGUCUGAUAUGUCUAUUAUGGCGGCGAUGGAUCCUUCUCUUUCCUCUGAGGCUCGAGAGGCUGUCAUGUUAGAUUGGUCAUUCCAACAACAACAAAUGUAUCAUAUGCAUGAGAUGCAGCAACAGCAACAGCCUUAUCUGUUUGAUGAUAUGAUGUUUAACCCCGUCGAACCUUCACUUCAUUUGAAUGGUCAACGAGAGAUGGUGGUAAAUCCCUCAAUGGGAAUGUAUUCUGCCGUACCUCAUAUGAAUAUGUCCUCCAUUGGAAUGGUCCCAGAUUACAACAUGUCUACAGCUAUGCCUGGCUGGUACCAGCAGCAACAAAAACAACAACGAUUUGUUUCUGUCCGUUAAUCCAUAAAUUGCGUUUGCUGUGAAGUUUUGUUUUUGGUCAAAAUAUAGACAAUGUAUAUAAACAUUUACAUAUUUCAUUCAUGAGAGUUGCAUCAGGUUGUUUUGUAAGAUUUGUCGCGUCAUUUUUGUCUAUUAUUUUUUUUGUAAAAAUGUAAUAAAAGCCCU